UAUGACAUGAUUUUUAUAAUAUAGCUACAUAUAUUUAUAAAAAAAAGUCAUGCGUCCCCUUACUGAAGAAGAAACGAAAGCUGUGUUUGAGAAAUUAACCAAAUAUAUUGGAGAAAAUGUAAAAUGUCUCAUUGAUAGACCAGAUGGAUUAUAUUGUUUUCGACUGCACAAAGAUCGUGUCUAUUAUGUGAAAGAAGAAAUUAUGAAAAAGGCUACAAAUGUUGGUCGAGACAAUCUUGUAUCAGUGGGAACUUGUUUUGGAAAGUUUACAAACAGUGGAAAGUAUAAACUUCAAAUAACUGCACUGGACUUUUUGGCCCCUUAUGCUAAAUUUAAAAUAUGGGUUAAGCCAGGCUCAGAACAGUCUUUCUUAUAUGGACACCAUAUUCAAAAAAGUGGACUGGGUCGUAUAACUGAUAAUACAGCCCAGUACCAGGGUGUUGUUGUCUAUUCAAUGAGUGAUGUUCCCUUGGGGUUUGGAGCUACUGCAAAAAGUACGCAACAGUGCCGACAUGCUGAUUCAUCAGAUAUAGUUUGUUUUCAUCAAGCAGACAUUGGAGAAUAUCUGCGCCAUGAAGACACUUUGAUUUAGUAGUUUUUAGUGCCUAAAUAUUUUCAUCAUUAUAUAAAA